ACACAUUUUUUUGCUUAUUGUAAUUUGUCACGAUUGUUAAACAAACUUGAAAACGUCAAGUUUACAGUGUACUGUCAAAAUCAAAUGAGUAUACAUUGAAGUGUCAAUAAAUUUGAUUCAAUUGUCUUCUUCUGACAUCUGUCUGUCUGUGAUUAAAAAUUGGGGAUUUGCAAAAAGCUUUUGUGGUUACGAAUAUAUUAAAACACAGUUAAACCAAAAUGCUUGUGCCCUUGUAUUCGAUUUUAAUUUUGGUUAUUCUCAUAAGUGCAGUCUCGCCCGGUGCAAAUGAUUUACACUUCUACGACGGGGUUUCUACCGCAGACGUGAUUUUCGGUGACGUGUUUUUCGAAAUAUUAGAUCCUCCUGAACUCCGAUACUCAUACAGGAUUCGACCAGCUAAGGAUUUUGGGACACCUUUCAAUGAAAGUGUUAAAUUCUUGGAAGCAAAGCUGGUACCAACAGUACCACUGCAUAGCUGCUCUGAUAUAGUUAACCAUGAUGAUAUAGUGGGACAAAUAGCUUUAUCUGAAAGAGGAGAGUGUUCAUUUGUUUAUAAAACUGCCAAAGCCCAGCAGGCUGGAGCGAGAGCAGUCAUUAUAACUGAGUCUAUAGACAGAUGGGAUGAUUCACUUGACCAUUUAAUAGAAAUGGUUGAUGAUAAAAUGGAGUUAGACGUGAAUAUACCUGCAGCAUUUCUCCUUGGUAGAAGUGGUGCAACAAUACUUCAUACAUUAAGAAACUUAAAGAAGACAUAUGCUGUUAUAAAUCUGCCAAUAAAUAUGACACAUGUGCCAUUUAGUAAGAUGAACCAGCCUCCUUGGAUUUCAUGGUAAAUUGCACUUUAUAAUAAUAUACAGAAAGUUCAACUUAUCUGUGACCAAAGCACUCUGUGUAAGUGAUCAUUCAACAUGAAAAUUUUGUUUAGUGUGACAGUGACACACAAGUUAUUGCUGUAUGAGACAAGGACAAGUGUUGCUCACACAUAGUGCCAUGUUCAAAGAUGACUUGAAUUGACUAAACUUAUUUGUAUUCUAGAAUAAACCCAUAAUGUGACUUAUUCAAUGAAGAAAAUGUUACUGAAGUUAAUCAUAUAAUAUACAUUUCGUUACGAUUACAAGCUGAGCAAUAAUAUUUAAAAAUAUUUGCUUAGUAUAUACAUACUUACAUACUUGUACAGCCAGUAUAAGUAGCCAGAUGCUAAGAUAAGAUAAAUAGAUAUAAUGUGCAGAUUAGUUUUGCCACAGAAACCAAACUACACCUUGUUAAUUAUCUGAAAGUUGUUUGACACAGAAUUUAUUUUAUCAUCACUCUAGCAUCAUGUAAAUUUCCGUAAUUGGUUACUACUGUUUUGGCCCAGUUAUCUAUGUAUGGGCUCUAUAAUAUUCAGUCUUAAACUAGGAUUAAAACUCAUACCCCACUACAUUGAAUAAUCUUUAGACACUAAAAACAUGCUCAUUGAAUAAUAAACAUCCGCUAAACCUCAUGUCAAUUCUCAAGAUUGGGAGUUAUUCUCUUGGGCAUUAGACCCAAUUUAAUUCGACGUAAUAUAAUUGAACAGUCUUUUAGAUAUUGAUGCAGAUACUAUACUGUUAAAGCAUGUCUUGUUCUAUGGUGUAAGUGAGAUUCUGCUAUGUACAGUGUGGUGUGCCAUCUUGCUUCCACACAUGCAAAUAACCUGCUUUAACAGAUCAUAAUAGAAAGGACAAAGUUGUUUGUAUCUGUUAAGACUAAGUUAUGCUAAGUAUUUGUUGACUUAUAUGCAUGCUUACUGUUUUACUAUCUAAGAGAAUAUUGAUCAAAGGUAAAAUGAUAUACAUAUAUUAUAUUAUGGAAUGUUUCUUGUGUAUAUAUAUAUAUAUAUGUAGUAUUUGCAUUUCAAGUUUUUGUAUCCUUGAUUUCAAUUAAAUAAUAGGGAUGAUGACAAGUUGUUCUCGUUGUUUAAAGAAAAAUAAUGGAUUGUUGGAUGAUUUUUUAGUUUUGCGAUGCAACAAAAAUUGAUCAAAUUAAAGUGAAAGGAACUCGCUUAUGACGUCACGUCUGUGUAUAAAUUUUGCGCUGUCGUUACGUCACAAGCUCUCUCAGUUAAACUUUGACACAGCCUGUCUUUAUAAUUUUUGAUUUUUAAAUUUUAAUUUUUUAUAUCCAGUCGUCAUCCCUAUAUUCUUGAACGGCAGAGAUAUAAGAUAAUUAUGCUACCAAAUAUGAAGUACAAUCUUUGAUGUAAGGAAGUUGUUAUCUAGUGACUAGGUAAAAUUCAUUAUACAACAAAAAGUGUAUCUAGUCUUUAUGCUACUAUGCUUAGAAUGCUAGGCUCAGCUUAAAUAAUAAAUAGGCUAUGUUGAUGUCAAUUUUAACAAAAAUAAACAGAACAGUUUCUUUUUUUUACAAAUGUAAAGCGAUUCAAUCAUUACCGUUAUGAAAACGUUGAGCUUAAAUUGAGAUAGAAGUUGUGAAAUUAUAAUUAUCAUGUAAUUUUUGAAAAGUAUAAUCUGAGACCGUGUAACAUGACUACAAUAUUAGUUAUUUCUGUUUCAGAUAAAUUUUUAGCUAUAUUGUUCUUUUCUGAUUUUAAACUGCUUAUAAUGGUAACCUUAAAAAGUUUUAAAUGUGAUGGAGAAAUUAUUUAAUGGUACUCUUAGCAAAGCUAUAAUUUUUUUAUCUUAUUUGCAUGAAAACUCUUGUUGUAUGUGUUAAACUCGAAUGCGUUAUAUUACUUAUUUUAUUUAUUGACCUCUCAGAAACGACGUCGACAUUGUCGCUUUAAGAAGAGCUCUGAGGUACCUAAAGUAGAAGAUAUAAUAUGUUCACCUUGAACGUGAUAACAGUCAAAAUCCAAAUCACUUGCUACCAAUGAUACUACAAAAAGUCCUUGGUCCGCACGUCUUACCUUCAAUUUGUCUAUAAUUGGGUAUUGGAUAAAAAUCAGUUUGUCAGACUGAUAGAAAUACGUAUUCAAUAUUUUUCGGGAAAUAUGUCUGACGGACAUGUUUAUAUUAUUAGAUUUCGCGCCUGUUCCACCACAACCACAUAAGUUCCUGUUAAAUUAUUUGUCAGAAUUUUUAAUGCAAAGGACGUCAACAUUUGCAAAUUUUAUGUCCGAUAGCGGCUAAUUAGUGAUUGUGAAACAGGCGCUUAGUCAAAUACCUUAGUCGUGGACUGCGUUUUUAGAUGACAUGUCCACAGUUAUUUUUACCAGCGUCAAUUUGUAUGUUUCUUCUUAUCAUCAUCAGCCCGUCUUAAUCCACAGCUAGAUAUUAUAAGCCUCUACCAUGGCACGAGCUCUUAUUUGGAUAUUCUCACUGAUAGUUUAUUACAACAAAAAAAAUACUUCAGUGAAUUUAUGUCAGUCGUUGCUUUUGUUUUCGAUCCUCAUAAGGUCAUGCUUCUACUUAGGUUAGUUAUUUAUUCUCUAAAAUAUAUUUUUCUUUGUAUUAAAAGUGCUAUAAAAAUUGCUGCAGUUCUGGAAGUCUCUGAUUUAAAAUAUAUUUGAAUUAAAAUAAUUGUUGAUUAUGACAGUACGACUCAAUAAUUAUAGUGUAACUUUCUACAUUAAGAAGCAAGGUCUUAUCUUAGCAUAUCUACAUUGUAAACCCAUGUUAAAUACUUUAAUGUAAAGAAAUAAACGAUAAUACUAACAGUGGCUUCGAAAAGAUCGUGUUGAGAUAAGUCUUUGUUACUUUAAUCUGUUAAAAAUAUGUACCACUGCUGUUUGUUCAUGACUAUCUAUUGAGAUUGCUUGACUUUUUCUCGCCCAAUUGGAUAAAUAUGCGUGAUGAAACCUCAGCUAUAAAUAAUUGUUCGUUAUACAUGUAAAUUGUUAACAUUAAUAUAAACCUUUUGCUUCAGGAUUUUGUAAUAUAUAAGUUGAUAUACCGCCCGGCAGAGGUGGCAUCAAAUCAACAAUCUGCCGAAAUACGCGGUCAGUGACCUGUGAGGAUCUCAUUGUACAUACUACAUUAUUGUUUUAUAAAUCAUUGAUUGAUUGCUUUUUGUAAUUUAUUGUGUGAUAUGUAAUACAACCAAAUUGAUAUAACAA